AUGAUAGAUAUUAAAAAGUUUAUUAAAGAUACUAGUAAUAUCCCAGUGAUUAUUUAUGGUUCAUCGGGGAAAACAAGACUGCUCACAGAUUUAUAUAAUGAUGCUAUUGUCAUUGAUGCAAGGGAGGUUGUUGAUAUUAGAACAUUGAUUGGAUUUUAUAAAGUCAAAGAUUAUUGGAUUGUUUAUGAAAGUGGUGUGCUUAUUAAUGCUAUGAAUGCAGGAAAAACGAUAAUUUUCAAGCGAAUUGAUAAUAAUUAUGAACUUCUUCAGUUGCUGAUUCCUGUAAUUAGUAACAGAUCUAUUGUUAAUGGAUUAAAUGAAGAAGUUAAGGCUAACAAUAAUUUUAGAAUAUUGUUUACGUCAGCAACUGAUCUUAAAAUAAAUGAUACUGUAAGUUUUGAGUAUAAAAUUGAAAAGGAUGAAAUUCUAUUAAAUAUUGAUGAACGGAUAAAGAAAGUAAUAGAUGAUUUUAAAAUUAAUAAUUUAACGCAUAGACAGUUAUAUAGAUUAAGCGAUGUGAAUUUGGUUAAUAAUUUUAGUUGUUAUCAAUCAGUAGUUAAUAUACUUUUAUCUCCACUUUUGGUAAAUAGUAUAAUUUCUAAUGAUAGAAUGGUCACAAAUUUAUGUAAGAUGAAUAUUAAAAAGUUAAAGGAUUUGUUUUACAUAAAAGACAAUGUUGAUAUUAUUGAUAAUAAGAUUGUUAAAACUAAUUCAGUUAUAAACUGCUUAAAUAGUUUAAUCUUCAAUAUUAAAAAUAAUAUACCUACAUUACUGAUUGGUGAAACGGGAACUGGUAAGACUACAAUGAUUGAAUAUUUGUGUAACUAUGCAAAAGAGUUAUUUCAUAUAGAAUCCAAGUUUAUGAUUGUUAAUAUGUCUUCUGAUUUCGAUAAACAGUCACUAAUUGGUGGUUAUCAAUCAGUUAAUAAGAAAUUAAUUAUUAAAGAAUUGUUGAUUGAUUUAAAUUUGACUGAUAAUAUUGAUAAGUUUUUGAAAUAUAAUUUAGACACUCAAAUAUGUAUUUUAUCAAAAUAUCCUAAUAAAGAACUUGCUAAUAAAGCAGUUAAUCUAUUGAAGAACAACCUUCCGUUUAUAUACAAGGAAGGUAUUUUAACUGAAGCAAUGAGGAAUGGAGAUUGGAUUUUAUUUGAUGAAAUUAACUUGGCUUCUGAUGACACUUUAAACUUAAUUAAUGCUAUGAUAGAAAAAGGAAGUUUCUUUAAUGAAGAUGGUGAAAUUGUAAAAGUUAAUAAAAACUUUAGAGUUUUUGGGUGCAUGAAUCCUUGGAAUGAUUUUGGUAAGAAAAAUUUUAAUACUGAAGUAUUUAACAGUAUUUAUUUUGAAGAUUUUUCUAACAAUAUUGAUGACAUCAGAAAAAUAGUUAAUUUUUAUCUUAAUAACAAAUUUGGUUAUGAAAAAGAGAUUACGCAAUUUAUAUAUGAUUUCAAACAAUCAGUAAACGAGAUGAAAUACAUUGGUACAUUAGAACCGGUAGUUUCAGGUAGAACAAUAUGUAGAAUGCUAAAAUUUAUUGUCUAUAAUUGUGAUAUAGAAAUAUUUAGUAUAAUUUUUGAGAGUUGUAAUUUGUUUUUGUUUACACAGUUGAAUAUAAAUUCUAGAAUGCAGGCUGUAAAACAUUUUAAUGAUUUGUUUAAGACUAAAUUUAGUUUAACUUCAAGUUCAGUUGGUAUUAACAACUUAAGUGAUUUUGAAAGUAACUUUUUUGUAAAUUUUAAAUUAGAAAUUAUCAUUAAUGACAUAUUGAGAGCUAUUGAUUUUAACAUACCGGUUUUAUUACAGGGUGCAACAUGUACUGGUAAAACAUCGUUGAUUUAUGAAUUAAGUAGGAAAUUUAACAAGAAUGUUAUAAGGAUUAAUAAUCAUGAACAUACGGAGUCUUCUGAUUAUUUAGGAAGAUACAUCAAUAAGAAUGGUGAGUUUGUUUUUGAGUAUGGUCCUCUUGUAAAAGCGAUGAUAAAUGGAGAUUGGGUUUUAUUAGAUGAGUUAAACCUUGCCUCAUCAGAUGUUCUUGAAGUACUUAAUAGGGUUCUUGAUGACAAUAAAGAAAUUUACAUACCUGAAACUAAUGAAAUUAUUAAGAGCAGUAAGGAAUUUAGAAUAUUUGGUACACAAAAUCUUAAUUAUGGUGGUAGACAUGGAUUAGCUAAAAGUUUUAGAAACAGAUUUAUUGAAAUCACAUUUAAUGAUAAAAGUGGAGAUGAAAUUAAAGAAAUUCUUGUUAAAAAGUGUAAUUUGCCUAAAGGAUUUGCAAAUGCAAUGGUUAAAGUGUAUGAAAAACUUAGAAGAAUUAACAGUGAUUUAAUUUCUUUAAGAGAUUUACUAAAAUGGGCUAAUAGAAACAUAGAAGAUUAUAACUCUUUGUUUAAUUAUGGUUUACAAUUAAUUUUAAGUAGACAAAGAUCAGAGAGUGAUAAGAAAGAGAUUAUUGAAACAUUUAAAAGUUCUUUUGAUGAAUUAAAGAAAUCAGUUAAUUAUACGCCCUUCAAUAUAAAUGAUAGUCAUUUAAAAGCAAUAGAAGAAUCAUUUCCUAAUUUUAUACUCACUGAUGCAAUUAAAGAGUUGAUUCAUAACAUCUAUGUUGCUGUUAAGAACAGAGAACCGAUAUUGUUAAUUGGAGAAACUGGUAUUGGUAAAACAAUGAUAUGUGAAAUAAUAGCAAUGUUAUUUAAUAGAAAACUCGACAUGAUUAAUAUGAAUGAAAAUAUGGAAGCUUCUGAUUUGAUAGGUCAGUUUGAAAUGGUUAAUGGAACAAUUGUUUGGAAUGACGGUGUAUUGAUAUCCUCAAUUAAGAAUAAUAAUGCUUUGUUAAUUGACGAAAUUAAUUUAUCAGAUGAUUCAGUUCUUGAGAGAUUUAAUAGUUUAUUAGAAUCCUCUAAAUCACUCUUUAUACCAGAAAUAGAUCAAUUAUUUGAAGCUAAAGAUUUUAUUAUAUUAGCAACAAUGAAUCCUGCUGGUGAUUUUGGCAAGAGAGAAUUAUCUCCUGCUUUGAGAAGUAGAUUUACUGAAAUAUACUUUGAAUUAUCACCAGAAGAUAAAUUUAUUAUUAUUUCUAAAUUAGGAAAGAAUAUUGAAUUAUAUAAUGAAUACAAAGAUAAGUUUUUAGAUUUAUCCUUUAAUCAUUCACUAAGAAAGUUAAAGUUAAUCUUAGAUCAUCUUAAUAUCAUUCAACAAGAUUCAAAAUUUUGUAGUUUAGAACUGACAACCAUUUGGAAUGAUUGUUUAUCUUUAAUUGGUAUUGAUUAUAAAUCAUCAAUUAAUUACUAUAAAAACUUUAAUACUAAAGAGUUUAUGUUUACUGGCUCAUUGGUUAAUUGUAAUAAGAUACUUCGUGCUAUGUAUCAUAAAAAGGGUAUUUUAUUAGAAGGGCCACCAGGUACUGGUAAAACAUCAUUUAUUCAACAUUUAGCAAAAUAUUAUCAAAAGAAGUGUUUAAGGAUUAAUUUAUCAGAAUCAACGGAAAUGUGUGAUUUAUUAGGUUCAUAUAUACCAAUGGGAAAUAACAUUCAGUUUGUGUUUUCUCAGUUUAUUAAUUACCUUAAAGAAGGUCACUGGAUCAUUUUAGAUGAAAUUAACUUGUGUUCUCAAAGUGUAAUAGAAGGAUUGAACAGUAUCCUUGAUUAUAGACAAGAAAUAAGAGUUAAUAAUCAGAUAAUUAAGGUUAAUAAAGAUUGUAGGAUUUUUGGUACUAUGAAUCCAACAGGUGUAAUGGGUCGUAAGUACUUGCCAAAAAGUUUCUUAGAUAGAUUUAUUCACUGUUCAAUUGUUGAGUAUACAAAAAAUGAUAUUUGUAAAAUUUUAAGGUUUAAAUUUGGUGAAAAUUUUAAAUUUAAUGAAAAUGCUUCUUUAAGACAUAAUAUCAUAAUUAACCAGAUGGAAAUAAAGAAAUCAAAUGACAAUGAGAAAGUUGUUUUUAGUGAUUUAGAUUUGAAAGGAAUAUAUGAAUAUUUAGACAAUGAUGUAUUUAAGAUUAAUGAUGUUGCUUUAUCUGAUGUUAAAUUAUCUAAUGAUUUAAUUAUAGUUCAAAAUCAAGUCAACAAUUUAUGUGAAGCUUUAAAAUGUUUGUUAAAUGAUAUUCCAAUUAUUCUAACUGGUAACAGAGGAAAAAUGUCUUUUGUAAAACUUUUAAGUAAUUUAAUGAAAUUUGAAUUAAUUAAUUUUUAUUGUCACAAGGAAGUUGAUGUUACUGAUUUACUAGGUCAAUUUGUUAAGAAUAACAACAAUACAAGUGAUGAAGAUUUAUUUAUCUGGAAGGAUAGCAUGAUUUUAAAAGGUAUUAAGAAACGAACACUGAUUGUAUUUCAUCUUCCUGAAUUGGUUGAGAAAUCUGUUUUUGACAGGUUGAAUUCAAUUUUUGAAAAUAACAAAAGUCUUAAUGUUUACGAAAAGGGAUAUGAUAUUGAGGUUGAUAUUUGUGAUGAUUUUAGGGUAAUUUUGAUAUGUGAUAAUAUUGAAUUGUUAUCUAGUCCUAUUAGAGAUAGAUGUUACAAUAUAAAACUUAACGACGAGUACAAUUCAAUUGAUAUCUGUAAGAUAUUUAACAAACCUGGUUUUGACUUAAUUAAGAACGUAAAGAAUAUUAAUGAAUGUAAAUUAGAAAAUAAUAAAAACCAACUAUUUCUUGAUCUUUUCUACAACAACUACAGUAAAUAUGGAUUACCAAUUGAAAAUUUUAUAAGAGAUACAGACAUUGAAAAUUACAUUAAACAGUAUAUCCCAAUUGACCAAAUUCCUACAAAAGAUAGUAAGGAAGUUGAAAAAUAUUUGAAUAUAAGAAAUUUUAUUAAUUAUAAAUCAAAAACAGAUUCUGGAGUUUUUAUUGUUUAUCUUCUUCAACAUUGUAACUUCAAUAGACCAAUUUAUUGUAGAGAUGAGUUUAGUUUGACUAAUUUAAUUAAAUGGUAUAUCGAGGACUUACCAACUAAGAAAUUUAAAGAUUAUGAGGAAUUAAUAUUCUUAAGAGAUGUAUUUUUAAAUAUUAAUUUUAUUGAUUUUGAUAAAAUUGACUCUGCUGAUAAAUAUGAAAAAGAUUUUGAAGCUAUAAUUGAUUCACCUAUCGACCCUUUAAAUUAUUACAUUGAUCAUCUUGAUUAUUCAAAAAAACUUGCUGUUUCAUUAAUUAAAGAAAAAAUGAGGUCUUUCAUUAAACAAUUGUAUAAAAAUAGAAAGUUAGUUGAUUUAGACAUUAAUUAUUAUUUAAAUAGAAUUGAAGAAACGGUAAUUAAGCAUGAUAAACAAAUUGAGGAAACCAAAUUGCUUAUUGAAAGUAGAGAUUGGAAAAUUUUUAGAAAAAAUGUUGAUUUUAGUUUGUGUGAGUAUUUAGGUAAUAAUGUUUUUAGAAGAGAGUUUAGUAAAUUUGAUGAUAUCUUAUCUUAUAAGCUUUCAUUAUUAAUUAAACAUAAGGAUGAAUGUGAAAAGUGUGUAAGGCGAUUGAGUAAAGAUUUUACUAAAGUGAUUUCAUUGAUUGAAAAUAAUAUUAUUUCAAAUAUAAUUUUAAAUGAAUAUAAUAAGUAUGUUUUUGAUAAAUUAAAUAACGAAGAACCUAAACCAUUUGAAUUAAUAUUAGAAACUUUAAUAACAGAAGAAAAUAAGAGUAAUAACAAUAAUCUUUACAAAAUAGAGAAUAAUGAAAUAGUAAAAUCAGACAAAUUAUUUAAUAAUGUUAAUAUUGAUAAAUAUAUGCAAGAUUGCUUAAAGUAUAUUUUCCCAUCUAAAACUUCAUACAAGGUUAUGGAGUUUAGAGAAAAUAAGAUAACUGUAAGUUAUGACUUUGUUAAAGAAUACCAGCAGUUAAAUAAUUUAUCAAUCUAUUCAACGAUUGAUUCAAUAAGUAAUGUAGUUAACUUGGAUAAUAAUAAGAUCUUUUUAACUUCGAAAAUCUUCAAUUAUGAACCUAACUAUAAGUAUUAUUUGUUUUUACUCUUUAAUAACAGUAAUCUCGAAUCACUAGAAGAAUAUUUAUUAAGUUCUUCAGUUUAUGAAUUUAUUGACAAAUUGAAAUUAACUAUCAAAUUUAUUGAAAAUAGAAUUAAUUGUUUAACUUUUAAUGAUUUAAUGAUAAAAAACUUUAUUUGUUUAUAUGCAUCACUUAAUUUGUUGGAAAAACAUGAAAAUAUUGUUAAAAAGUCAAAAAUUGAGUUGAAAAACAACCCGAAUGAUUAUAAAAGUAUCAUUGCUAAUUAUAAAGAUAGGUUUAUGUUACAACCCAUAACUAAAUUGUUAGAAUCACUUGAAGUAAAAAUUGAGAUAAUAGAUAGAUGUGAAUGUAAAGAUGAGGUUAACAGAGAAUCAAAACUUUAUAAUAUUUUUACUAGUAUUAGAUCAAAGUAUAAAUUAAAAGAAGAAGAAAAAAGUGAAUGUAUUUGUAAAAUAUUUAGGAGAUUGAGUAAUAGUAUGAUCACUAAGAAAAAGAGUUUGUCUAAUAUUUUUAGCAAAUUUACUGAUAAGAAUAUUGAAUUGAAAAAAGUAUAUUUAGAUAGAAAUAUUACUUAUCCAUUUAAUGUAAACGAUUUAAAUGUAAGUAGAAUGUUUUAUAUUUACAAUAGAAAUAAGAAUUUUAACAUAUCUAGAGAUAAUGAAAUUAUUGAAAUGUUAAUAUCUGAGGUAAUCAUAAGUAAGUACUUUAAUAGUCAUUUUCUUAAUUUAAUUGUGUCAUAUACAGAAACAGUAGAAGAAAUUAUCGAAGAAACUAGAGAUGAUUUAAAAAAUGGAACAGGGAUUGAAAAUAAAAAUGAAGAUGUUUCUAAAGAAGACAUACCUGAUGAGUACAAUGCCAAUAAUUCAGUUGAAGAAGAAUCUGAAGCACAAGAAUUAUCUAAUAAAGGUGAGUCAGAAAAUAAUAAUGAAGAAGAAUUAAAUCAAAAUGAAGAACAAGAUCAAAAGAUAAUUGAACAAGAAUCUUCUAAUACAGAUUCAACAAAAGAAGAGGAUGUUUUUAAUUUAAAUGAAGAAGAAGAUGUUGAACCAGAAAAUGAUUCUAAAGAAGAAGAUUUUGAAUUAAAAAAUGAUUUUAAAGAAGAAGAUAUCAAAACAGAAAAUGAUUUAAAAGAAGAGAAUGAUAAUUUAUUUGAAUAUACUUGUAAAGAAAGUAAUGAAAUAAAAAAUAAUGAUAAAGGAGAAACAGCUAUUAAUUAUGAAAAUAAGAUUAUUGAUAAAGAAGAUAAUGAAGGGGUUGAUUUAGGAAUUGAUUUAAGAGUAAAAGAUGGAGAAAUGAAAUUAGUUGAAGAUAAUUUUAAUAAUGAAAAUGAAUUAAAAGAUUUAGAAAGUGGAGGUUUUGCAAAAAAAAUUAAAAGAGAAAUUAAUAUUGAUAAUUUUGAUAAAAAUCCGCCUGUUAAUUCACUAACUAAUUUACUUAAAACAAUUAUUGAAAAUAAUAAGAAUUCUAAGUAUAAAGGAAAUUAUAAAUCAGGUAGAAAAUUAAAUAUGAAAGCAAUUGUUCCAUACAUAGCAAGUGGGUAUACAAGAGAUAAGAUUUGGAUGAAAAGAUUAAAAGCUGAUAAGAUUGAUUUAACUAUCAGGAUUUUCUUUGAUAAUUCGCGUAGCAUGUUUAAUGAAACACUUUUAACUAACGCUUUUAAUACUUUCUAUAAAUUGAAAAAAAGUUUGUCAAUUUUAAAUGUGAAGACAGAAAUUUACAAAUUUGGAAGUAAAUUAGAGAAGAUUGAUAACGUAAAUCAAUUGAAUUUUGAGGAUACACACACUUCAGUAAAUUUCAUAAAUGAGAAAGAAUAUGAGACUGGUAUUAACAUUCUAAUAACUGAUGGUGUGUUUAGUUGUUUUAAAAAGAAUAACUUUGGAUGUCUAAUAAUGGAUGUAAAAAAUAUUUUACAAAUGACAGGUGUUACAUUUGUAGAUAACAAAAUGAUCAUUGAAAAUUAUUUAGACACUUUCCCAUUAAGUUAUGAAAUAUUAAAAGAAUGUAAAGACAUUGAAACGAAAAUAGUGAAAUUGAUUAAAAAACUAAUUUUAACCUUAAAAGAAUAA